AUGGCUCCGGACGCUGUGGAGAUAGCUCCUAUCGAGAAGAGGGUCGGGGAGACGAGUGAUGCGAAACAGACAGGGCUGCACCAGGAUGUUGAGGUUGGACCUGAGAUGAUUGAUAUCGACAGGAUCGAAAGGGUGUAUUCCAAGCUCGAUCGCCGGAUACUUCCAGCAUUCUGGGUUCUCUACUUCUUAUGCUCGGCGAUUCGCUCCAACAUUGGACUUGCUCAGACUAUGAAUCUAGCGGAAGGCCACGAUCUUGGAUCAGUGCUCAACAUAACACCGAAACAGGUCUCUACUGGUCUGGCGUUGUUCUACGUUUGCUAUGUCAUCUUUGACCUUCCUUCCAAUCUCAUCAUGUCGAGGGUCAGCCCGCACGCCUGGAUGAGUCGCAUCGUCACCUGUGUUGGCAUCAUUGGCAUGUGCUUAACUGCUAUGAACGCUGCUUGGAACCUCUACCUUCUCCGACUGCUACUGGGUAUCGUUAUUGCCGGCAUGUGGCCUGGUAUGUCGUACUAUCUGACUCUCUUCUACCCCCCCUCCCGCACCGGUAAGCGUAUUGGGCGCUACUUCACAGCAUCUCAAAUGUCUGCGGCGGUCGUAGGUCUGGUUUCAGCUGGUUUCCAGAAGAUGGACGGAGUAGGUGGCCUAGUUGGAUUCCAGUGGAUGUUCCUGUUGUAUGGUAUCAUCGGCUUCAUCGUCGGCAUAUCGCUACUUUGGUGGCUUCCCGACAGACCACUACCCCCAGGUGAAGUCCGUAAGCGAACUGGGUUGGCGAGAUGGCUACCACAAGGCAAACCGGCCCUCGAAGGCGAAGACGCGCGCAUUCAUUACGAAGACUUGACUCGCGUCUACAGCCGCAAGUUAUGGAACAUGAAAGACCUCUGGCACGUCGUAAUCGACUGGAGGAUCUACCCGCUUGUCAUCAUGUAUUUUGGUGUAGUGGGAGUAGGCAACGGAACACAAGCUUACGCGACCGUUAUCAUCCGUGGAAUCAACCCGAGCCUCACAGGUAUCCAGCUCAGUUUGCUCUCGGCGCCCAUCUGGAUUAUGGAUCUCAUUGCUAUUCUACUCGUGACGCCAAUCUCGGAUCGUUUCCACCACCACCGUCCUGCUUUCUUCAGCGGCGCCGUUGUGAUACAGAUUGCAGGUCUUUUGAUCGCCACAUUCGCCAAAAACUGGUCGCGUUACGGUGGCGUUCUACUUAUUGGCUUCGGGCUGGGGCCGACGGUGCCCAUCUGCAUGGCCUGGUCCAACGAGAUCUUCCAGCCCCGCCACGGAGAGGUGGGUGUAGCAGCAGCUAGCGCACUCGUGUCUGGACUUGGUAACCUGGGAAGUAUUUUGACAACCUACGCACUAUACUCUGGGUGGCCCGAAGAUGCCAAGGAUGGUCCGCACAAGUACCGCAACAGCAACUUCGUCAUGAUCGCCAUUCUAUGUGCCAGUAUACUGAGCGCGGGAAGCAUGGUCGUCUUACUGAAGGUAUUCGGUGACAACAAGGGCAAACAGAUUAGUAGUGCAAGCUCGACUAGCGAGGGCGAGGCUGCAUACGUGGAUGGUGCUGCACGGCGCGAGGUUCAGCAGAGGGGUCUGGGACGAAUCCCUGCAUCGGCAUACCUGCUAACACUCCAUUGCUCCCAAGGACGACAAGCCCCACUACACACCCGUCGUUCUAGUUAUACCACACGCAUCAUGUCUGCCGCAAUCGAUAAUGAAGACCUCGAGGAGCUCUCCAUCUCCAUGCCCGCCCAACGGCGAGGAGCCGGCGCAGCAAGCACCGCCAAGGUCCAGGACCAUGCCGUCGCGCCGCCCGCUGCGCUCCCUACAGCUGUACAGGAGAGUAGGAGCAAGGACUCCAAGGCAAACCAGCGACUUGGACAGUAUACCAUAGUCAGGACACUGGGUGAGGGCUCGUUUGGUAAAGUCAAACUGGCGACACACCAGGUCAGCGGCCAGAAGGUGGCUCUCAAGAUUAUAAACCGCAAGAGACUGGUCACAAGAGACAUGGCAGGCAGGAUAGAGCGCGAGAUUCAGUACUUGCAGCUGUUGCGGCAUCCGCACAUCAUCAAGCUCUACACAGUUAUAACGACGCCGACGGAGAUUAUCAUGGUCCUCGAAUACGCCGGUGGUGAACUGUUCGACUACAUCGUCAACCAUGGGAAGCUGCAGGAAGCCCAGGCGCGCAAGUUCUUCCAGCAGAUCGUAUGCGCCGUCGAAUACUGCCACAGACACAAGAUCGUCCACCGAGAUCUCAAGCCAGAGAACCUCCUGCUCGAUGACGACAGCAACGUCAAAAUCGCCGACUUUGGACUCAGUAACAUCAUGACAGACGGCAACUUUCUCAAAACAAGCUGCGGUAGUCCAAAUUAUGCCGCACCCGAAGUCAUAUCAGGGAAGCUGUAUGCGGGUCCAGAAGUCGACGUCUGGAGUUGCGGUGUCAUCCUCUACGUUCUCCUAGUAGGCAGACUACCCUUCGACGACGAAUACAUUCCUACCCUGUUUAAGAAGAUCGCCGCUGGACAAUACAGCACACCAAGCUAUCUAUCUCCUGGCGCCACGUCCUUGAUCAGGAAGAUGUUGAUGGUCAACCCCGUACACCGCAUCACAAUCCCAGAACUUCGAAUAGACCCCUGGUUCACCAAAGAUCUGCCCGCGUAUCUUGAGCCGCCUGCCCAAGACUUCUUCGACAGCGGGGCGGAUCCGAACAAGGCAAUAGAUCCCAAGGCGCUUGCACCGUUGGCAGAUGCUCCUCGCGUACAGGCGCUACACGAGAACGUUGUCUCGAAGCUUGGCAAGACUAUGGGUUAUGCAAAGCAUGAUGUGCAAGACGCGUUGGCACGCGAUGAGCCUAGCGCGAUAAAGGAUGCUUACUUGAUUGUUCGGGAGAAUGAGAUGAUGCGGAAGAACCCAUUAUUGACGGGCCCUGAAUGGGACCACAUGUCGCCUCCCACUCACGACAGUCAUAUGGACAAAUUCAGGCCUCAGUCUUUGAAUGCUGCUUCUCGUCCACAGUUCAUACCCCCGUCUAACUCGGAACACGAACGAGCACGUCAAGGCUCCAACGCUAGUAGCCAACUUGCGAACGUUCGAAGUCCCGUCAGCACAGUAGCUAUCCUGCCAAGCAGUCUCACGGAAUAUCAUAAAGCCUAUAUGAAAGGUCAUCCGAGACCGCUCAACAAAGUCCAAGAACAUGAUGGUCUCCCACCGACCCCAGAACAAACUGAAGAACAACGACAGAUCUCAGCCAGAAGGUUAAAGCCGAAUUUCCGCACCAUGCCAGAAGCAGGGAGAAAUAAACCUGAGCCAAUGACGAGUCUGCCAGCUAAGAAGCCACGAGCGACCAAGUGGCAGUUCGGCAUAAGAUCGAGGAACCAGCCUGCGGAGGCUAUGCUUGCCAUUUUCAAAGCUCUGAAAGCUAUGGGUGCAGAUUGGGAAGUACCCAAGAUACGUAGAGCAGGUGGCAGAAGCGGAUCCCGCAGUCGCAGUACUUCCCGAACUCCUGAUGAUCGCUCGCCGCCAAAAUCGCGAAGCCAGUCGCAAGAUUCGAUAUCAUCGCACUCGUCGCACGAAGACCAAGGAGCUAGGGUGAAUUCGCCACAUCGGGAGCCGCUCUCUGUACGUAACAAAGACGCAAAUGAGCAGGAGACACGAGGUCGGCAAAAGAGGCAUUACAAUCACACCAACGACUGGGGCUACCAUGUCCCAGAAGACCCAUGGGUAAUCAAUGCCCGCUUUCGCAAAGAGGGCAUGUUCCCUCCUGGUGUCGCACAUCCCUCUUCCACGCACUCGUCGCGCGUCGAUCUCGCCAACGACCCCUCAGGUCUUCGCAGGCGUAGUUCGACCAACGCGAGCAUAUCCAGUAACAGUCACGGUGUAGAUGGCAUGACUCCAUCUGAGCGUGCAGCUUCUCGCGCGGCUUCGAUUAGCGACGGGCACCCUGACCCUGACGAGGCAGUCUACAUCUACAUGUCCAUUCAACUGUACAGUAUCGACCGCGACUUCUUUGUUGUAGACUUCAAAUGCGCAGGCUACGAACGUCUCGUAUCUAACCUGGUUCGCGAAAUCAAAGCGUCUCCUUCUCUCACACUAUCCUCCAGUCAUUCAAACCCGCACCAAGAUGGCUGGGACGACGAACAAGGUGUUUGGCGCAGACUGGGCGAAGGCGAACCACUGCCAGAGGAUCUGGCGAAUAAGCUCCGCGAGGGAGGUACGGAUAUCCUCCGAGAGCGGACGGAGCUUGUUGGUGCUGGAAGGCAAGAGGGAGAGAAGAUUGUCACUAGUCCAUUUCCUUUCUUGGAUGUCGCUAGUACGCUCAUUCUGCAGCUGAGCGGGGAGUAA